CCCUUAAGUUAGGUUAGGUUAAGAUUAUUAAUGUAUACAUAUGUAUACUUUGUUUCCGUCAAGUGAUUGACGAAAAACGAGAAAUUUUGUAGUUGGUUAAGUUAUUUGUCGAAUGUAUUUACACCUACAUAUAAUACAACGUAACAAAGAUGAGCGAUUAAUAUAUUCAUCGUAUCACGCGUAUCGCUUAAAUGUAAUGAAAAUGACGUAUCCCGGAUUAGUAUUACUUGUCGGAGUUGGAGUUGGAAUAGCGACUUUCUUAUAUUAUGUGUUCACCGAAAAUAAUCAUGCGGAAGAACAGCCAUUUUCGUAUUCGAGGAACAGACGAUCAUCGGAAGAUCGUUUCGAAGAUCGUUCUUGGUCAACGUCGCAUUCAGAUGAAAAUGUACUCUUAAAUAGAAGAAACUCGUCAAGCUCUUCAAAAAAUAAAGAGAAAAAAGAUCUUACAAGUAAAGAUGAUAUAAACAUUUGUUCGAUCUGUCAAUAUGCAUUAAUUGAUUCGGACAUAAUACAAUUGCGUCCUUGCAGGCAUAAGUUCCACAAGAGUUGUAUUAUUGAUUUGACAAGACAUAAUCCUGGGGCUCUUUGUCCUAAUUGCAGAAGAAAAUUUAAAGCAAUAUAAAUUCAUCACCUAUGUAAAUCACACAUGCAAUGUCCUAUUUGAAUCAUUUU